GUGGUGUGUCAGGUGACCGCGCCGGGCAGGAAGGAGGAAGAAGGAAAGAAGAUGGAAGGGAACAGAGACGAGGCUGAGAAAUGUGUCAACAUCGCCUCGAAAGCCAUGGAGGCUGGGGACAACGAGAAGGCGCUCAAGUUUCUCCAUAAAGCGGAAAAGCUUUUCCCGACAAACAGAGCUAAAGCCAUGUUGGAAGCUUUAACCAAGAACGGGAGCUCAGCGGCUAACGGAGCGUAUCGCAGACGGGCCGCGGACAAUGCGGAAAACAGUGGUGCACAAGCGGCAAGGGAGCGCACGCACGGGUCUGGAGGCGAGUCCUCGAAGGGGUUCACACAGGAUCAGAUGGAAGGCGUUCAAAGAAUAAAGCGCUGUAAGGACUACUAUGAAGUGCUUGGUGUCAGCAAAGAGGCCAGUGAUGAUGAGCUCAAGAAGGCCUACCGAAAACUGGCCCUCAAGUUCCACCCGGACAAGAACCACACCCCUGGAGCGACGGAGGCCUUUAAAAAGAUUGGUAACGCAUACGCAGUGCUGAGCAACCCGGCCAAAAGACGGCAGUAUGACGUCACUGGAGGGGAGGAACCUAGCGGAGCAGGUCACUCUCACAGCAACGGCAGUGGCUUUGACUUCCACAGAGGCUUUGAGGCUGACAUCACACCUGAGGACCUCUUCAACAUGUUCUUUGGAGGAGGAUUCCCUUCAUCGAGCUCGCACACCUUCACCAACGGCAGGACGAGCUAUAGCCAUCACACAGACUACCGACAAGAGAGGACGGAAGAAAGAGGAGAUGGUGGAUUUUCAAUGUUCAUUCAGCUGAUGCCCAUCGUGGUGCUGAUCUUGGUGUCAAUACUCAGCCAGAUGAUGGUUUCUCCUCCUCCAUACAGCCUCUAUUCUCGACCGUCCACAGGUCAGACGGUAAAGCGGCAGACGGAAAAUCUGCACGUGUACUACUAUGUCACCAGAGAUUUCAAGUCCGAAUUUAAAGGAUCUGCGUUGCAGCAGAUUGAGAAAAAUGUGGAGGAUGACUACGUGUCCAAUGUCAGGAAUAACUGUUGGAAGGAGAGACAGACAAAAACUGACCUGUUGUACGCCGCCAAGGUGUACAGAGACGAUCGCAUGCGCAAGAAGGCAGAGCUCAUGACCAUGGACAACUGCAAGGAGCUGGACAGACUAAAUAACCUCUUUAGAGGCGGAUGAGUUAGUCAGUUAGACACUGUUAGAUCUUUUAAAUAUAUAUGAAUAGAUGUGUAUGUUCAUGUUUUUUUAAGAAAGAAAUUAUCUUACAAAGUGCAACCACAAAAUAACAAAAACCCUACUGAAAAAAAUUAGCUCUCAUGUUGGAAUUUGAAACCUCACUCUUCAUGUUCACCUCACAUCUUAAAGAAGAAAUCAACAUUCCGGAGAGACUGUUUUUCUCAUUCUCCUGAUGCUGGAAAGAAAGGACGCUUGAUUACAAGCUGUGGGGCUUCUAGCAGUGAACAUCAUCCACUUCCUUGUUGUUUAAAGCCACCAAUCAGCUUACAGCAUGAUCCGCUUGAAGACGUCAAUUUGGACAAAGCCUCUGUUUUAUCAAUACCUGUGGAAUGAAUGAAAAACACUGGAACAUAACAGAGGAGGAAACAUCUAAUUUCUCCACAAUUGAUGUAAAGACGGGACAUACGGUAAUCGAUGCUGUACAUUUUCAUGUUUGAAUGUUGGAAGUUUAUGCAGUUAUUUAAGUACUUAUAGAAGAUACUGGUUUUCUUCAAAGCUCGCUAAUCAUUGAAAUAAAGUAAUAUUAUUAUUA